AUUGACAGUGAGUAGAAUACUGCAGUCACUCGGUCUGCAUCAUCAAAAUCUCAUCCUUUCUCUAUCUCUCUCUCCUAUUUAUUCUCCCUCACACCUCAACACUUAUACACACAGUGUGCAGCAGCAGCAGCAGCAACCAGAGAAGAUGGCUCUGCAACUAUGGGAGACACUGAAGGAAGCCAUAAUUGUCUACACCGGCCUUUCUCCGGCCACCUUCUUCACCCUCCUCGCCCUCAUUCUCGCCAUCUACUAUGUAAUUACGGGCCUCUUCCCCUCCUCCGAUCACCGCCACGAAGCCCCCCGCGACUUCGAGCCCCAGAUGGAGCCUCUGCGACCUCCCGUUCAGAUCGGCGAGGUCACCGAGGAGGAACUCAAGGUCUACGACGGCUCUGACCCGGAGAAGCCCCUCCUCAUGGCUAUCAAGGGUCAGAUCUAUGAUGUUUCGCAAAGCAGGAUGUUUUAUGGACCCAAUGGACCGUAUGCUCUAUUUGCUGGGAAGGAUGCUAGCAGAGCUUUGGCAAAAAUGUCUUUUGAGGAGAAAGAUCUAACAGGAGAUAUCUCUGGGCUUGGCCCUUUUGAGCUUGAGGCCUUGCAAGACUGGGAAUACAAGUUUAUGGGCAAGUAUGUAAAAGUUGGAACUGUUAAACCGAAAGUUCCAGUCACUGAACCGUCAGAAUCAACACCCCGUGGUGCUGAAUCUUCCAAGCCUACUGAAGAUGGUCCAUCAGAAUCAGCUGAUAUUAAAAAUGACCCGUCAGAAUCAGCUGAUAUUAAAAAUGACGAACCCCUCCCAAAGGUUGAUGCUGAUAAAGAGUAAUAAUAGUUGGAUGAAGAAAGAGUAAUUGUCUAGCAAAAACUUGUGAAAAAGACUCAUCCUUGCCAAAUGAAUUCAGCAAAUAUAAGACAAGUUGUUAGUUUAGGCCAGCCCCUCUGUCUAAGUAUUCUGUUUGAUAAAUAAGAAAUUCUUGGUAUUUAUUUUCAGUUUUCCUGUGUUUAAGCUUCUUCAUGUAAUGUAUGAGAUCAAAUCUGAUAUGGCAUGGUACAAGGUAGAAUCGUUUAUUGUGAUUGUACUUUGUCUCUCUUUUUCUUGGCAUAAUUUGAUUGAUUUCUCGUCUUAUUAACCCUAUGAAUUAGCAUGUAAUUGAUGCAUUCAUUUGAUUGGACUA